AUGCCUCUGGAAGUCAUCUACGUGGUUCGCCACGGUUUCCGCACGGCCUGGUCCGUCGACCACAAGACAGGUGUCUACUCAUCAAGUGUUCGCUCACCCACCGGCAUUGCUGCCGACCCCCCUCUCACGUCUCACGGCACUCAGCAGGCUGCCGAGCUUGCGAGCCACCUCAUCACACUGCGGCCAGCUAUUGACGCGGUCUACUCUAGCCCCUAUUACCGAUGUCUCCAAACCAUCACACCAUAUGCUGAGCUUGCCGGCCGCGACACACUGAUCCGCCCAGAGCACGGCAUAGCAGAAUGGUUCGGAGCCGCGCCGUUUGAUCAUCCUCAGCCAGCGGACGCCGAGACCCUGAAGGGCAUGUUCCCAGCAUAUGACAUGGACUACGUGUCGACGCGUCAGGCGUCACGCCGUGGCGAAACGCUGCCGCAGCUGUAUAAGAGAGUGGCGGCCACCGUGCAAGCCUUGAUCGCAAAGGCAGAUGCCAAGGGCCACCGCGCCAUCGUGCUGUGCUCGCAUGCUGCCGUCGUGAUUGCGCUGGGCAGGAUACUCACACGCGAUAUACCUGACGAGCCAGACCGGGUCGACUUCAAGGCCUUCACAUGUGGGCUGAGCACGUAUCGAAGGAGGGGAGGCGAUGACGACGCGUGGGACUGCGAGCUGAACAGCGACUGCAGCUUUCUGACGCACGGAGAGGAGCGCGGAUGGAACUUCUCAGGGGACGAAUCCUUUCCAGGCACAGGCUCCAUGUCCCAGGACGACUCCAAAUUGUGA